CAGCUCGAUUGUUGCUUGGCAACGGAGAUCUUGUUUCUAUUUCCGCCCCUCGGAGUAGCAUUUCCGGUGUGUCGAGAAGACGUGCUUUCUGUUUUGUUCGAUGAUGAUUGCAGAGUCAGCCGAUUCCAACACAAAUACAGCCACAUCUAAAAAAAGCAACCAUGAGCAGCCUGGAUCAUCACCAGCCAGUUUAUCCCAGUUGCCGUGACAAACCCACAAUCAUCGGUGAUUCAUCAGACAUCCGUGAGCUCGUCAAGCCGCCUCUCCAGGGGCUAAAAUUGGCAUCGCAUGCGGUGCUGGAUGCAGCCCAGCAAAGAGGCAGGUUGAAGUGCUCUAAAUGCGGAGGAUCCAGGAUGUUCUUCUGCUACACAUGCUGCUCAUUAGUGGGUGUCAACAUGCAAGAAAUUCCCGUAAUCAAGCUUCCUGUGAAGAUAGACAUCAUCAAGCAUCCAAAUGAGACGGACGGGAAGAGCACCGCAGUCCACGCCAAGAUACUCGCACCCGGCGACGUCACGAUGUAUACCUACCCCUGCUUCCCUGACUUUGAAGACGACAAGGUGGUGUUGGUGUUCCCAGGCCCAGGGGCUGUCUCAGUUCAAGACAUGAUCCAGUGUUUACGUGAAAGGAGAAACAACAGGUCGGAAGAGCCCUUUGAUGAGCCCUCCGUAAAGAGGCUGAAAGGCGACGUCCAAGCUGCCACACGCACUCACAAAGAGCCACAGUCCGUGAUCCCAGAUGAAGCAAAUGGCUCAGAGUCAAGGGUACGCCCGUUACAGAGGGUGGUCUUCAUCGACAGCACGUGGAACCAGACCAACAAGAUCAGCACAGACGAAAGGCUGCAAGGUCUGCUCCAGGUGGAACUGAAGACGAGAAAAACAUGUUUCUGGCGGAGCCAGAAGGGCAAACCGGACACUUACCUUGCCACCAUCGAGGCCAUUUAUUAUUUCCUCAAAGACUUCCACCAGCACUGCCUGGGCCAGGAGUACGGUGGAGAAUACGACAAUCUCCUCUUUUUCUACUCCUACCUGCACUCACUGAUCAACAAAGCUAAAACGUCUGCUGGAAAAUGCUGAUGAAAGAGCAAAUUCAACUGCAAGCGAAGAUUCACCCUUGUAUAUUUGAUCUAAUUCUCAUGGCUUAAACUUUUUAUUUUAUUGGAAAGGCUGACAUCACUGCAUAACAAUACGCAAUAAAACACAGGCUUCAAGA